CAUAACGACAACAUACAUACGAACAAAAUUCCCUGGUUAUGAAGCAUGAUGAUGCAGACUGCGCCGAUCCCGGCCGCCCCGCAAGAUGCUGACGUCAUCAAGGAGCCCCUCAUAGAAGUCCCACGGCCGUUGGCUGAGGUCACUCCAGAAACAGAAAAUCUCUUAAGUGAGCUGACAGAAGUGGACCGUCUGUUAAUCACCAAACGUCUGCGAGUGAAGGCUGUUCUAUUUCUUCGAGGAAAGAAGAAUCGCUUCUCUGUAAGAACUCCAGAUCAGAACUUGGUGUAUACCGUUGAAGAGGAGAAUAGCUGGUGGGUUGGCUACUUCUGCUAUGGUCUCCGACCCUUGCAGCUGAGGGUGUUCAACAGCUCCUCUGUCGAGGUGAUGAGAAUCAACCGGCCCUACGCCUGCACCUCCAGGGUGUUCCCGUGUCAACUACAGAAUGUUGAGGUAUUUUCCCCGCCAGGCAGAAAGAUUGGCACUAUAGAGCAGCAGUGGGCGCCCGUGCGGCCGAUCUACCUCGUGAGGCGCGAAAAUGGAGACGAGGCGUUCUGGUUGCAAGGUCCCCGCGUAACGAUCAGCUUCUUCAGGGACAUACAGUUUAGGAUACAGCGGGCGGACGGCGCGCACGUGGGCAGCACCUGCAAGCGCUGGCAGGGGCUGCUGCAUGCGAUGUUCUUUGCGCCGGUCACUGAUAGAUUUGGAGUAGCAUUCGAACGGGAACUCACAGUGGAGGAGAAAGCUCUGUUACUUGCUGCGACUUUACUCAUGGAUUAUAUGUAUUAUGAUGCUUGA